UUGAACUGGGCUCUUUGCUGUGCUUUGUCUCGGGUGAUUUUAUUCCUGACAAAAUGUGCACGAGAUAUGUUGGAUUUGCUCUCCUCGUUUGGUUUCCAGGAGUACUGUGUGCACAAAGUGCAGCUCAGCCUUGUCGUACUCCCAGACUGAAAGGGGGUUUUUUUGUCCCUGAACAAGAAGCUUACUCUCAUGAAACAGAGCUCACGUAUGCCUGUGAUGACGGACUUAAACCGGUAGUGGAGGGUUGGUGGGCAACAAGCACAUGCCAAAAUGGCACAUGGUCUCAUGAACCACAGUGUAUAGACGAAAACGCCUGUCUACCACCAACUAUCCCCAAUGCAAAAUACACUGUAAACAGAAAUGGUUGGUAUGAGAACAGAGAAACAAUCAGGAUAACAUGUGAGAAAGGAUAUGAUUACAAAAACAGGGACGCCACAGCUGAAUGUAUAAAUGGAACAUGGUCCUCUGUGCCGGUCUGUGAGAGAAGUAUUAAUGCAUGUGGUGAGCCCCCUAAAUUCCCCCAUGCUGUCAUCAUCCAUCAAGGAUACCAGGAUUUGUUUCCUGUAGAUUCAGAGGUGCAGUAUGAAUGUGAAGAUGAAUAUACUUUAGAUGGAACAGAAACCAAAAAAUCCACCUACUGCAUAUCUGGAAACUGGACUACAGGCCCAACAUGUAGCAGAGAAACCAGACCAGGUACUGGACAUGGUGGCUCUGCAGUGGGGGGAUCAGGCAGCAGACCGGAUUCUGGACAGGGUGGAUCUGCAGGUGGGGGACACACAACAUCUGGUAGUGGGACAAAGCCUACGGGUGGAGGGUCUUCUAGCAGCUCCGGAGAGGAUGGGAAAGAGACUCAAGUUCAAAUCACAACAAUUACGAACUGUGGAAAACAUCCUGUCGUUCCUAAUGGUGAUGUUGUGAGAAAAAGUCCAAUGUUUUUGAGGUACCAGUGUGCUUCUUUUUACAAACGAGUGGGUCCAGACACAGUGAUGUGUUAUAGCACCGGCAUGUGGUCAGACAUUCCCACCUGCAAAGCUGCCUUCUGUUCUGUGAACACUGAUGAAUAUCCUGCGUUAAUACCUGCUGGAAUAAAAUUUUUAAGAGAUGGUGAGAGGGCGACAUUAGAAUGUGUGAAACUGGAUCACUGGUGGACGGAUCAUUAUUCUGUGGCCCGAUGCAUUAAUGGAAAAACAAUACUUUCCAGAUGUUGUGGCUGGUUCGAUCUUAGGAGGGGUGUUUGCUGAGGCUGCCUUACCAAGAGGAAGAUACUGCUGCCUUUGGAUUUGUCACUGAAAACACCCUGAAAACGUUACAGACACAACUAUGCUAUGAUUAUGCUGUGAAACAUUUUCAGGUUAUUCAACAAUUCAUUUCUGGCUUUUCAUAUAUUAAUCUAUGACUGCCUACAUAAUUUAGGUGAAAAUUCUCUGGUGCUUAAAGCUGCAAAAAAUAUGGUGUGUAAUAGAUAUGCAGACCUCAAUAAAGUCUUCAGCUGAAGUUUCAGCACUGAUCUUU